UACAGUAGCUGGUGAGGACAGUUUGCUGAUGAGUCUGUUCAUUACACAGAAUAACACAGAGCUGAAAACAGUCACAGGAGGGAAAAGAGGAACAUCAUUCUUGAUAUGGCCAGCGACGGGAAACAGUGGGUUCUCCUGGCAGCGGGUUCUAAAGGCUGGGAGAACUACAGACACCAGGCCGAUGUGUGUCACGCCUACCAGGUUGCUCAUCAGAAUGGGAUCCCGGAUGAACAGAUUGUGGUGAUGAUGUAUGAUGAUAUCGCUGAUCAUGAAGAAAAUCCAUUCCCUGGCAACAUAAUCAAUGUACCAAAAGGUCCAGAUGUUUAUGAUGGCGUUCCAAGAGACUACACCGGAGAGCAUGUAUCAGCCGCAAACUUUCUGGCUGUGCUCUGUGGAGAUUAUCGGGCCAUCAGGAAAAGAGGAUGGAAAAAAGUCAUCAAAAGUCGUGCGAACGAUUCCAUCUUCAUCUACUUAUCAGACCAUGGAGGCCAUGGAGUCUUUCAGUUUCCCAGCUCCACACUUUAUGCACAUGACCUCAUCGACACUGUGAAAAAGAUGUCCAGGAAUGGCAAGUUUUCAAAGAUGGUGAUUUACAUGGAAGCGUGUCAUGCUGGAUCCAUGCUGGACGAACUGCCCAAAUUAGGCAACGUGUAUGCCGUAGCAGCGAGUAGACCAGACGAGAGCUCGUAUGCUUGCUUCUUCGACAAGAAAAGGAACGCAUUUCUGGCUGAUGUUUUCACAGCUUACUGGCUCCACCACACCAAGAAAAAAGAUCUCAGGGUGAGCACUUUGGAGGAUCAGUUUUAUUUUGUGAAGGAUAAAGUCCAAGAGACUGUGACAGAAUGGGGGGAGAAUCAGACGCCCUGUCAUUAUGGGAACAUGUUCAUGCUCCGGUUACCCCUGAGUGAAUUUCUGGGACAGUGUCCUGCCGAUGUGAGGAGGAGUUACAGAUCCCGUUCACGCGAGUUCAAAGUGAUGGACGUCGUAGAAAGUGCAAAUGUUCCUCUGUUAAUCCAAGAAAACAGGAUCAGAAAAGAACGGAACCCCAGAAGGAGGGAUGCUCUUGAAAGACAACGUAACAGACUGAAGAGAAAGCAGAGAGUGAUGGAUGAGGCUGUGCAGAAGAUCGCUCAGCGCUGCACUCCUGAUCGAGGCCUACGAGCUCUGAGAGACAAACACGAGGUCACUCACCUGUACGAGCUCAAAAUCGUGGCCGAGUGUUUCAGGACAACUAUCUUCAACUGGGAUGAAGAGGCGCAUGUUUUCACUCGUUCACACCUGCAGGUUUUAGUGAAUCUGUGCGAAUGUGAGCUGGAUGUUGGAAGCAUCACUGCAGCCAUUGACUAUGUCGGUCAGCAGAUUGAGUUCUAAGGAAAUACAAGCGACGCUACGGAGAGACCACAGAUUUCACUCUUCUUCUUGAAUGCUUCAUUUUGAUUGUAUCAGCUUUAUAUACAGAAAUAGAAGAUGUUACACGGUUGUGCAAAGAUACGAAGUUCAUGUUCAAGUGAGCAAAUGAAUGAGUGAAAAUAUUUUUCAACAUGAGAAGAUAAACUUCAUGUCUUCGCCCCACCGUGUAAUGUUUUUUAUAUUAUAUGGACACAACCACAAGUUAAUCAAAAGAAUUUUAAUUUUGAACCAGUUCGCCAUUUUGAUAACGCACGUCUAGUCAGCAGGAAAACACUGGGAAUGAUGUCAUCAGAGUGAAAUAUCAGGAAAUGUCACUCAGAUCCGCGAUGUGUUUUGUAUGAAAAAUGUGAUUUUUUUUGAAUGGUGAAAAUUUUUCACCAUGAGAAGAUGAACUUCAUAUCUUCAACCCAACGUGUGAUUUACCUUUUAUUAUAUUGACACAUUCACAAACAAAAAGUCCCCAAAUUCAUCAAAACAAUUCAUGGAUUUCCUCACGAGUGACAGAUAUAUAGCUAUUUAGCAGCUGGGAGGUCCAUAUCGUGAAAUACCGUGACUGAGGUCAUGAAAGUACAGUAUUCAAGGCCGAGGUCACGGUAUUUCACUAUAUGGACCGACCUUAAGCUGGUAAAUAAUAUAUUUAUUUUUUCUUUACCAAAUUCUAACAGAAAAUGAGAGCGCCCGAAAGGGAAAACCGAGCCGAGCCGCCAUUUUGAAUCCUCAUUCACAGCUGUAAUGCAAAUGGCUUCCUCCUCGGUAUACAAGUGCACUUCCAUGGCAGGAAAAAAACUACAUUUUGCUGCCUAUGUAGUCCCCUAUUUAUACAAAUAGGAGUCAUUCAGGAUUCAGCCAUGUUUUUGCUCGGCGUUAGCAACAGUUACAGGUUUUUAGCUUUCUCCUGAAAUGUUUUCUUUUAUUUCUUCUUCCUCAGGGGAGCAAAACUCGCUUUCGCUGUGAACACUGUCGUUCUCGCUAUCCAUGCUGUAAAAUUAAUGCUAUUCUCCUGAGAAAUGCUGGCAAAAAUUUAUAAGAUUUUUGAUCAUAUAAAUAAAUCUUAUAAAAAAAAAGGAUAAAUGUUGACAAAAGAAUGCUACUAUGUUUGUUGUUGUUGUGACCGAGCGAGUUGCCAGAGGUCCGUAACCGGGGUCCGUAACUGGGGUCCGUACUGUAGAAUAAGGACCCGCUCGCCAGCCAAUCAGAGCGCAGGAUUUGGGCCGCGAAAAGGAUAAAGCGGCUACAGAUAAUAAGAUGAGAUUAGAUGUUCCGGUUUUGGUUCUCCAUGUCCCGGAUGGAGUUCGGAUGAAAAAUACAAGUGGCACAUUUCCCAGUAAAAUACUCGUAUCCAUAAUAUAUAUAAUUAUUAUAAUCCAAAUAUAAUAUAUUUCAUUCCAAAAUGCGAUAAGCACCAUUAAAAAAAAAAUCAAGUUCCCGCCAAAAGAAUUUUGGCAUUUUAUCGCUAUUCAAAGUUCCAAAACCAAUUUUAUGUAAAACGUGAUAUCCGCCACAUUCCUCUGCAUUGUAGAUCCACUUUCUUUCCAAAACGUGAUAAACACCCCCAUUGAUUUUCAGCAGAAUGUGUUAUCUUUGCUCAACCAAUCACAGCACACCAUUUAAACACAUAAACAGUAAUAGCACUGCCCACUGACUGUCCACAUUGCAGAGAAUCCCCAUCUUUUAAGUCGGGUUUCGAAUGAAAUAAAUGAAUAACUUUGAUGUAAUCAAACAUUUCUUACCUUAAUGUUUUGUACUAUUAUUCCAGUAGAGAAUGUGAUCUGAUGUUGUUCUCCACUUUGAGCACCGGAUUCCUCCUGGGAUCGAGAUAUGACACUUAAUACACACCAUUAGGCGUUGCGUAAAAACGGAGCUCCCGAUGAGUGUAAAAUGUGUUAGUAAAUAAUCCCACGUUAUAUUUUAAAAAGCUAUUUUAAAAUAAGAGCUGGAUAAAAAUCCAUCUAUCGUACGGAAAUAAAGAUACGGACUCCAUUGCCCAGUGGUGAAGUGUUUAUGAGAUAUGUUGCCUUGCGCUUAUGAUCGGGUCACAACAGCCGUCAGAAAUCAGUUCGAUGCUUCACCGCGUUCUCUUCAGUCUGGAGCUACGGUACGACUGUAACUGUACCUGCUGUACACGGCGUCAAAACUUCUACACUUAUUGUUCGGAAUAAAAAGUUUGUCCUUUUCAAAAAAAAUUCCAUGUAAACAUGUGACUGGUUUAUUAACGUUCCUCAGAGCUGUGUGUGUAAAAUAGAUUGUGGUUUUUAGACGAUAUGAUGGCGGUAAUUUGGGAAAAUCUGUGGUCCAGUGUAAGAGACGGUCCGAGUUCAGAGGCUGUAAUACGAGUAGAUCAACUUUACUGCUUGUUUCUUGUUAUAUUUCGCACAAAAAGUAGUUUUUAUUGGUGUAAUGGAUUUAUAGCAUUUUGGGAAAAACAAUAAUCAUUUUUUUAAAUUCAAAUUUUAAAAAUCAAAAUCUUAAUCGUAAUGUUAUUACAGCCUCACAGUGUUAUAGUAAAGUUUCAAACAAAGUUUUCAUGCGACCAAUUUUUUUUGUAAAAUGAAAGCCAUUUGGGAAAAUAUUACAGUUCGAUUAAAUACUCCUUUUGUAUUCCCUGCAAAAAGUGAUGGCACCAUGUCCACAGAGGUGCACAAAGCGCAUGCCACUAUCAUUUUCAUUCAUUUCUUUUCUUUUUUAUAUUUUAUACAAGCAAGACUUUUAAAAACUCUUUCAAAAAUCUUUUUUCAAUGAAAGUUUUUAAUAGAAUUAGUUCUAGACGUACUUCACUGAUGUUAGUACCUCAUGUUUGUAAUUGUGGUUUUCUCCUGUAAGCUCAUUCUGGAAUAAAGAAUAUAAAGAGUUGA